UCAGCAGCAGGUGAAGCACGGUGCUGAAAAUCAUCAGUCUGGCAUUCCUUGUCUAGCAGACAUGAAGAUUUUCCUGAACUUGCUGGUUGUGGCUCUGACCUUGUGCUUGCAGUGCCAGGGGGCAGAAGCCAAUUUGAGUCCGGAUUUUAUAGAAAAGUGUGUGAAUGAAGCUAAGGCCAACGUAGACGCAGUCUAUACAUACUCUAGACGAGAGAGCAUURAACGGGUGAAGAGAGACACAGCAUCACCUGCAGACAUCCUGAGGCUCCUGAAGCAGCCCAGAGGAGUGUCCCGUAUGGCUGUGCGAGCAGCUGACUACAUGGACAACACACUUCAUCUGAUAAGGAGGUCCCUGGCAAAACGUCACAAACGUGCCAUUAAUGACACAGAUCUGAUCUCUGAUUCGGAUCUGGAAGUGAUUUCCAGACUGACAGGCUGUGCUGCACAAGUCAGACAAGUAGCUUGUCACAGUAUCACUGAUGUAAACCAGUAUCGGACUGCAAGUGGCAUCUGCAACAACCUUAAAAACACUCGUUGGGGAGCCUCUAACACCCCAUUUGCCUAUUGGCUGCCUACUGAGUAUGAAGACGGAAUCUCUCUUCCUAAAGGCUGGCAUGGACUGAAAGUCAACGGUCAAUUUCUUCCUCUGGUAAGAGAAGUGUCCAACCGUAUCCUGGCAACAGCUAACUCUGAGGUCCUGAGCGACGUACGCUACACUUUCCUGGUGACCAUCUUCGGGCAGUUUACAGACCAUGACCUGACUUUAACCCCUCAGUCUCCUUCCAUCAGAUCCUUUAAUAAGGGCAUUGACUGUGACAAUUCAUGUAUCAACACAGAGCCAUGUUAUCCCAUUAAGUUCCCCAAAAAGGACCCCCGCCCUGACAGUCACCCAGAGUGCAUGCCCUUCUUCCGCUCUGCUCCAGCUUGUGGUUCUGGCAACACAGGCUACAUCUUCGGUGCCAGCACCACCCGCCAACAGAUUAACGUUCUCACAGCCUACCUUGAUGGGAGUCAAAUCUACGGUUCUGAUGACAACAAAGCUCAACUGCUACGAAACCUCACUUCUGAUAAGGGUUUAUUGAAGGUCAACACAGAGUAUGAUGAUAACGGCCGUGAGCUUCUGCCUUUCACUGCCAUGGGAGCCAACAUGUGUGCCACCCGACGCAAAAUAACUAAUGAUCCAAAUGCUGAGGAGGUGCAGUGCUUUUUAGCUGGUGAUGAUCGCGUUUCUGAGAACAUUGGACUGACUUCUAUACACACUCUGAUGGUGAGAGAGCACAACCGUUUGGCCYGGAGACUGGCUCAGCUCAACCCACAUUGGAAUGGAGAGAAACUGUACCAGGAAACACGCAAAAUCGUGGGAGCAUAUCUCCAGGUUAUCAUUUUCAGAGACUGGCUCCGCAUCAUCCUUGGACCAGAUACCAUUGCCAACAAGCUGUCAACCUACUCAGGUUAUGAUGAUAAGGUGGAUCCCAGAAUUGCAAGCAUUUUUUCCACAGCUGCCUUCCGRUUUGCUCAUUCAAUGCUUCAACCCUUCAUGUUUCGUCUUGAUGAGAAUUAUCAGAAUCAUACUAGUUACCCCACAGAGGUGAUCCAUAAAACCAUGUUUACAGCAUGGAGGGUCCUCUUUGAGGGUGGAAUUGACCCAAUCUUGAGAGGCUUGGUGGGUAGCAAGGCUAAGCUGAACACCCAGGAUCAUAUUUUAUCUGAUGAACUGAGGGAYAGGCUGUUCAAGUUCUCUGUAAAGGUGGCAUUGGAUUUGGCAUCACUGAAUAUGCAGAGAGGCAGAGACCAUGGACUCCCUGGUUACAGCAAAUGGCGUGGGUUCUGUGGACUGUCUCAGCCAAAGAAUUUGAAUGAGUUGGCUAUAGUGCUAAAAAACAAGGAUUUGGCCAAGAAAUUGCUGGAUCUGUAUGGCACACCUGCAAACAUUGAUCCAUGGCUGGGAGGAGUGUCUGAACCAUUUGUCCCUGGAGGAAAGGUUGGGCCCCUSYUUGCCUGCAUUAUUUCCACCCAGUUCCAAAAGAUCCGCCAAGGAGACCGCUUCUGGUGGGAGAAAGAUGGCRUAUUCACUGAUGCUCAGAAGGCAUCACUCAGGGAAACAUCGCUSGCUCGUUUCAUCUGUGACAAUACUGGCAUCACUGACGUACCUGAGAGCCCUUUYUUCUUCCGACCUCGUGGUUCUGGUUACACCCAGUGUAGCGAUAUCCCGGCCUUUGACCUCAGUCCAUGGAAAGAGAACGAACACCAUGACCCACCAUCCAGCCUUCCCACUCCCCCAAGUCCAAAAGGGGACUUCUCYUUCWUUGUGCGUCUGGGCAACAGAAUCCCAAACACUGGUGCCCCCAUCCCCUUUGRUAAUGUUAUCUACAAUAACAAGAACAUCUAUGACUCCAAGACUGGGUACUUUACCUGCAAACGCCCAGGCUUGUAUGAGUUUGUKUUCUAUAUUAGGAUUAAGCAGAAAACAGGCAGAGUAGAUCUGCUGCUUAACAAUGAGYUGUAUCUGCAUGGGUUCACCACCCUCCUGGGUGGAGACAUCAUAGCCAGCGGCAAUACCUAUAUCAGUCUGAACAAUGGUGACAAGGUGUGGCUGGUGGCCAGACAGGGUGCCAGCAAACUGACCAGUGAUAGCUACUUCUCUGGACGUCUGCUGUAACAACUUGAUCUGUAUAAACUUCCACUAAGCUUAAGCCAUCAAGCAGCAUAUCGUUUAUUUUUUGUUUUUCACAUUGCCAACAAUGUUUCAGAAACUGUGUCUUUGCUGCUUUUAACACGUAUUUUGAAUGAAGGAAAAAUCACUUUACACCUGUAAUUUAAUAUSAUUUGGUACUAAUUUCUAACAUAUUAAAAAAUUCUUAAAGACAUAAUUUUUUUAAAUAUUUUUGUAAUUCUGUUCCAGCUUUUUCCAAAUUGUUGUAGCUCCUGCAUGAGAGUCAUGGGGCAAAAAUAUUAAAGUGAAAUUUAAAAAAAAUUAAAGUUCAAAGUGACCUUA